GCGCGUUCGGACAGAAAUAGAAAAGCGGGACGAAAAUCAUUUAGUGUUGGCUAACGCGUGCAGCUCCCUCAGUUCCGAAUAUUGUCGCUUGAUUUUCAUUUUGUGUACAAACAAAAUGACGCGUGUCCCGAUAAGAUCCUCGCUAAAAAGUCGAGAUUCCAAUUCGACAUCGACCAAUCCGGAUCUUAGAGAACGUAUUAAAGACUGCUGCAGAAAAUUCAUUGCCUUUAUGUGUACUCAGGUUGGCGUUGGUGGACUCGUGGUCGGUUACGCUAUAAUAGGCGCUCUUGGCUUUAUGAUGAUCGAGUCUCAAAAUCAGAUUUCAUCGACAAUUUGUAUUCGAGAAUUAAUUAGAAAACAGUUUGCCGAAGAAUUAUGGCUCCGUACUGCCAGCAAUCAAACUAUAAACGUGUUCGAUAAAACGACAUUUCGCAUAGUGUCUAAUCGAAUUCUUCGCCGUUAUCAAGACAACUUCACCGGUGACUACAGGAAGGAGAAUUGUAGUGGCUUGACACCGACCGAUCUCUGGUCCUUCCCGGCAGCGAUGAUGUUCUGCCUUUCCGUCUUCACCAUGAUCGGCUAUGGGACUUUAGUGCCUCAAACUGCAUGGGGAAAGGCAGUGACCGUUAUUUACGCCGUAUUGGGUAUUCCCCUUUACGUUUUAUAUUUUCUUAAUAUGGGAAAAGUAUUGGCGCAAACCUUUCGAUCGUUGUACACGUGGUUGCACGAGUGCACUGGCAAACGGAAAUCUGGCCAGAGAAUCACAGUGCCGUCUACAGCUUGCCUCUGGGUCAUCUUCGGAUACGUCCUAAGCGGCUCGAUAAUGUUUGCCGAGUGGGAAGGAUGGAAUUACUUGGACAGUGCUUACUUUUGCGUUACAUCGCUAUGCAAAAUUGGAAUGGGUGACCUUGUCCCUGGUUGGACACACGGUGAUCUAACCGCCGAUAGCCAAACUAAAUUGAUAAUCAAUUUUGUUUACUUGUUACUCGGAAUGGGACUUAUCGCUAUGUGUUACGACUUAAUGAAGGAGGACGUUUACGUGAAAGCUAGAGAAAUGAAGGAACAGUUCCUCGAGAUUGUCGAUACCACCCAUUACCAGAUAGAAAUGUGUUGCAGAUCGGAAAUACCGAGUUAA